ACCAGUACCAGUACCACCAUGCAGAUUCUCAUCGUCAUCCUGUUGAUGGGCUUGCUCCUGGCCUCUGCGGCGCCAUUCUCGUCCUCCCAAUCUGAUUCCGGAGUCAAUGUGUGGCCAAAGCCGAGAAACUUUUCUUGGCCUCAGCCGCAGGCCCACCUCCUCUCCCCUAACUUCGCCAUCACUUCUCCUGCCAACCACAAAUACCUGUCAUCCGCCGUCAAACGCUACCACCAGCUUCUUCUAAGCGAGCAUCACCGCCCCCUCGUAAACCCCUCCUCCUCCGUCCGCAUCAACACCUCCGCCCCACCCUUGCUCACCCUCUCCCUCACCGUUGCUGACCUCGCCGCCCCACUUCACCACGGCGUCGACGAGUCCUACACACUCACCAUCCCCAUCACCGGUGGAGCCGCCAAUCUGUGGGCCCAGACGGCGUGGGGCGCCAUGAGGGGCCUGGAGACGUUAUCGCAGCUGGUGUGGGGCGAUCCGUCGCUUGUGGCGGUGGGAGUCUACGUUUGGGACUCCCCGCUGUUUGGGCACAGAGGGGUGAUGCUGGACACCUCCAGGAACUUCUACGGAGUGGAGGACAUACUGAGGACCAUCGAGGCCAUGAGCGCCAACAAGCUCAAUGUGUUCCACUGGCACAUCACCGACUCCCAUUCUUUCCCACUGCUGCUGCCUUCCGAGCCUGACUUGGCCUCCAAGGGGUCUUAUGGCUCCGCUAUGCAAUACUCUCCCGCUGAUGUCACCAAGAUUGUCGAGUUCGGCUUGGAGCAUGCCGUCAGGGUUGUCCCCGAAAUCGAUGCACCUGGCCAUACGGGAUCAUGGGCUGAAGCCUACCCCGAAAUCGUGACAUGUGCAAAUAUGUUCUGGUGGCCAGAUGGAGUCGAUUGGGCUGACCGGCUUGCAUCUGAACCCGGAACAGGUCAUUUGAAUCCAUUGAACCCCAAGACCUAUCAAGUCCUUAAAAAUGUCAUCCAUGAUGUAUCAACGCUAUUUCCUGAACCUUUUUUCCAUGCUGGAGCUGAUGAGAUCAUACCUGGCUGUUGGAAAGCUGAUCCAACCAUUCAAUCAUUCCUGUCCAAGGGUGGAACGCUCAGUGAGCUUCUUGACCUUUUUGUCAACUCCACUUUCCCUUACAUUGUAUCUCUUAAUAGGACGGUGGUUUAUUGGGAAGACGUUUUGCUGGAUGAUAAUGUCAAGGUGCAAGCAACUAUUCUUCCCCCAGAGCAUACCAUCUUACAAACAUGGAACAAUGGCCACAACAAUACUAAACGAAUUGUGUCUUCUGGAUACCGCGUUAUUGUGUCAUCCUCAGAAUUCUAUUACUUGGAUUGUGGUCAUGGUGACUUUCUCGGGAACGACAGCCUGUAUGAUCAACAAACAGGCAGUGACACUGGAAAUGGGGGUUCCUGGUGUGGACCUUUCAAAACAUGGCAGACCAUAUAUAACUACGAUAUAACAUACGGGUUGACUGAGGACGAGGCCAAAUUGGUGCUAGGUGGAGAGGUGGCGUUGUGGUCUGAGCAAGCUGACCCAACUGUUUUGGACGCACGAAUUUGGCCGCGCACUUCAGCAUUGGCAGAGUCAUUAUGGUCAGGGAACAGGGACGCAAUGGGCAUGAAGAGGUAUGCAGAGGCAACUGAUCGGUUAAAUGAAUGGAGGAGCAGAAUUGUGGCUAGAGGUGUUAGGGCUGAACCCAUUCAACCACUUUGGUGUAUUCGGAACCCAGGGAUGUGCAACACGGUUAAUUCAUUUGGUUAAAAUGGUCUUAAUUUAUGUAUUAAUAACAUUUGAAUCUAUUUUUUGGGGAAGUGAAUAUAAAGUGACUCAUCCGAAACCACACUUUCUCUGUAACAACUGGUUGUUAAAACCUCCAAAAUAUGUAUGAAAACAAGCUUAAGCUGUUAUGCAAACUCCAUCUCUGAAACAAGGUCCAUAACCCACUAUUAAUUACUUUGUAGCGACAA